AUGGCGACUGGCAUCAAACCAUCAAAAGACUUUUCAGAAAAGGAUGGUUCGAUUGAUCCAUCAUGUCUCCUUGCAGUGAAGGUAUGCCCAAAGUUCCUGCACAGCAAUUCAACCUCCCACACAUGGGUGUUUUCAGCCAUUGCCGAAUUGAUAGAUAAUGCAUGUGAUACUGACGUUUGUGCCAGAGAAUUAUGGAUAGAUCAAGAAAGUAUAAAUGAUACACCAUGUCUCACAUUUAAAGACAAUGGCUGCGGCAUGACACAGGACAAGUUAAAUAAAAUGUUAGGAUUUGGAUUCAAUGAGAAAGAAGAUGUUGGGAAACAAUUGGCAAUUGGUAAAUAUGGCAAUGGAUUUAAAUCUGGUAGUAUGCGUUUAGGUCAGGAUGCACUAGUGAUUACAAGAGGACUUCAAACAGCGAGUGUGGGAUUUCUAUCACAGUCAUAUCUCAAUGCUAUCAAUGCUGAUACAGUAUUAGUGCCAGUUGUGACAUGGGACAUAACUCCUGUUGGAUUGACAAGGAAACGUAGCAUACAGAAUAUUCAUGGUCUGAAGGCUAUUCUAGAUUAUUCUGUAUUCAAAUCUGAAGGCGAGCUCACAAGACAAUUGGACGAACUUGGAACCAGAACUGGCACAAAGAUUAUCAUCUACAAUUUGAGAAAGGAUAGUUAUGGUAACCUUGAGUUGGAUUUUAUGUCAGACCCAGUUGAUAUCCGGAACCCAGAGACUGAAGCUUUGGAUCCUACAGUUAUCUAUAACAGAAAUCGUCAAGCUCCAGCUGCCAUUACACCAGAGUACAGAAGGUCACUAAGGGAGUAUUGUUCCAUACUGUAUUUGCGGCCCAGGAUGAAGAUAAGCAUACGUAAGAAACGGGUUCCAACCAAGUUAAUAGAGAAGUCACUACGAAAGACAGAAGAAGAUGUGUAUAAUCCACAGUGGGCUAAUCUUCGACGUGGAGUGAAACUAACAUUUGGUUAUACGAAGGACAAAUCUCCAGAUGCCCCAUAUGGCUUUAUGACAUAUCACAACAAUCGACUUAUAAAAGCGUACGAAAGAAUUGGAAUUCAAAAGAAGGCAACUGGGGAAGGUUACGGCAUCAUUGGAGUAGCUGAAGUCAAUUUCUUGGAGCCGAUACAUAAUAAACAGGAUUUUAGACCAACAGGACAAUAUAAUGCAUUUAUGAACAAUGCAGCGAAAAAACUGAGAGAUUACUAUGAAGAGAAGACAUACACUGAAGGCUCUAGUACAGGAGCUGUGUCACAACUUGAGGAAUCAUGGAAUUGGGUUCAGUGUGAUAACUGUAUGAGUUUUAGACGACUGCCAGGUGACUUUGAUGUGGAAAAACUUCCAGAGAAAUGGUACUGUAAAAAUAACCCAGAUCCACUCUUCAACCGCUGUGAGAUACGCGAAGAGUUAGAAGGAGAAGAUGAAGGUAAAGUACAACCAAAACCAACUUACACAAAAACAGUGCAGAAAAAGAAGGCAGAGGAGAAACGCCUGGAAAAACUGGAAGAGGAAAGGAAAGCAAGGGAGAAAGAGGAAGCUCUGAAUGCAGCAAAAGAAACAGCAGCAGAGGAAGCCAAACAGAAGAAAGAGGCCUUAAAAGCUGCAAGAAAGAAGGGAAAAGCCUUAAAGGCAGUAGCAGAAGAAGCUAAGAGAAGGGAGGAAGCAUUAAAUGCAGAGAGAAUAAGAAUAAGAGAAGAAUCCUUGAAAAAGGAGGCGACACUGAGGAAAUCUCUGAAUGCAGCAAAAGAAACAGCAGCAGAGGAAGCCAAACAGAAGGAAGAGGCCUUAAAAGCUGCAAGAGAGAAGGAAAAAGUCUUAAAGGCAGUAGCAGAAGAAGCUAAGAGAAGGGAGGAAGCAUUAAAUGCAGAGAGAAUAAGAAUAAGUGUAGAAUCCUUGAAAAAGGAGGCGACACUGAGGAAAUCUCUGAAUGCAGCAAAAGAAACAGCAGCAGAGGAAGCCAAACAGAAGGAAGAGGCCUUAAAAGCUGCAGGAGAGAAGGGAAAAGCCUUAAAGGCGGUAGCAGAAGAAGCUAAGAGAAGGGAGGAAGCAUUAAAAGCAGAGAGAAGAAUAAGACAAGAAUCCUUGAAAAAGUGGGCGACACUGAGGAAAUCUCUGAAUGCAGCAAAAGAAACAGCAGCAGAGGAAGCCAAACAGAAGGAAGAGGCCUUAAAAUCUGCAAGAGAGAAGGAAAAAGCCUUAAAGGCAGUAGCAGAAGAAGCUAAGAGAAGGGAGGAAGCAUUAAAUGCAGAGAGAAUAAGAAUAAGAGAAGAAUCCUUGAAAAAGGAGGCGACACUGAGGAAAUCUCUGAAUGCAGCAAAAGAAACAGCAGCAGAGGAAGCCAAACAGAAGGAAGAGGCCUUAAAAGCUGCAAGAGAGAAGGAAAAAGCCUUAAAGGCAGUAGCAGAAGAAGCUAAGAGAAGGGAGGAAGCAUUAAAUGCAGAGAGAAGAAGAAUAAGAGAAGAAUCCUUGAAAAAGGAGGCGACACUGAGGAAAGAGGUUGAAGAACAAAGGAGAGCUUUAGAAAAACAGAAGAAAGCACUAGACUACAUGAACCCAGAGAUUGCUGCUGAAGAGAGACGAAUGGGAAAUGCAUUAUUUAAGCAAGGGAAAUACAGUGAAGCAUUGAAACAUUACAAUGAGGCGAUCAAAAGGAAUCCAAAAGAUGCCGAACUUCACAGCAAUAAAGCUGCUUGUUAUACAAAAUUGCAAGAGUUCAGUAGAGCAUUGGCAGCCUGUGACGACUGUUUGUAUAUAGAUCCAAAGUUUAUAAAGGGGUAUUUACAACGUGGAAUUAUCUCAAACCUUAUGAAAAAUAAUAAAGAGGCAGUCAAGGCAUAUGAAAGAGCCCUGCGGUUUGAUCCUAACUGUACAGAAGCCAUAAAGGGAUUGCAAGCUUUGCAGGGGGAUGAAAGUUCUGAGGGUUUAGCAGUGUGUCAGUUUGAGCCAUUGAAUAAUUUGUUAGAUAAUACAGAAGUUUCCCCAGGGAAGCGAAAAUAUCCAGACAGAGAUGGAAGUGAUUAUAGAAGAACUAGACAAAGAACAUCAAAAAAUGGAAAUCAGUCUGUAACAAAAUCAUUUAGCAAUGACAAAACUCCACUUCAAAGUAGAAGUUGUACAAUUUCAGGAACUGGUUAUGCUGAAUUGAACCAGUCACCAGUUUAUAACGGUACACCUGGUCUAGUCAGUAAUACUGUACAUUCAACUUCUGAAGAGAAAAUGUUAUCUGAAUUACUAGUAAAGACCAGGGAACUUGGUGAAUUGAGAAGAAAUGUUUUGACAUUACUGAAAAUUCUUGUUUUUUGUUUUUGUUUUUUUGGUUUUUUUUGGUUUUUUUGUUUUGGGUUUUAACGCCGUUUUUCAACAGUAUUUCAGUCAUGUAACGGCGGGCAGUUAACCUAACCAGUGUUCCUGGAUUCUGUACCAGUACAAACCUGUUCUCCGCAAGUAACUGCCAACUUCCCCACAUGAAUCAGAGGUGGAGGACUAAUGAUUUUAGACACAAUGUCGUUUAUCAAAUAGUCAUGGAGAACAUACACCCCGCCCGAGGAUCGAACUCGCGACCCCGCGAUCCGUAGACCAACGCUCUUACCUACUGAGCUAAGCGGGCGGGUUUCUUGAACCUGAUUAUGAAUAUGGUCCUCCUAAGAAUGUUGACAAGGUAAUAAAGGAGUUUAUUAAAAGUAAAAAAAUAAGCAAAACAAUUCCAGUUGAAGGUCUGACUGCUGAAGAAAAACAGAAACUGUAUGACUCAGUUAAAUAUAUAUAGACUGAAAACUAAUACUUGUAUCAGCCUUACCUUUUAAUAAUUGUUGGAAUUGAUGUGAUGAAAUAGUAUAGUAAUAAAUUUAAGGCUUUCAUUUGACCAAAUUAAAUGUUUUUUGGGAUACUUUCCAAUUCAUUUUCCCUCUAUUUUGACAAACAUUUUUGAACUGUUGCUUAUAGUUGCCAUGUUCAGAUACAUGUGGAAUAGACAGGUUGUUGUGUUUCUUGUUUAAAACUCGUGCAUUAACAUAGACUCUAAGUUUUAUGAAUCACUUAAAGUCACUAGUGAUGUGUUCAGAAACUCUUGAAGUCUUUCUUGGAUUUUUUUUUUGCAAAUUUUGAUAGUAUCUUUGACAUAUAAAAAUACUAAAUGUUUAAAAUAUCCUGUUGUGCCUUUUGAAAGUAUCUGUAAAUAGACAAAAAUGUUGGUCAGAGGAACAGUUAGAUUGUUUUUGUUUUGUUCAAGAACAUGAUUCUAUUGUUGACAAUGUUACUAAUGUUGUGUUAAAGAAAACUGUUUGUUUUUAUUUGAAUGUUGUUUCUGUUUAAUAGUUAAUGUUAUUGUGAUGACUUAUAUGUUCAUACUUUUCCACAAAUAUUAUUAUUGUGUUAUAGAACAAUAAAAAAAUAUAAAGCUGUUUUGUGUAGUAGUUAAUGCCUGUCUUACAUGGAUACCUGGCCCCCUGUUCACAAAACAAUUUUCCGUCUCAGCUGAGUUUGAGUUUGAAAUUUUGAUAUCAAUUUUACUAAUACUUCAAGGUUAAAUUUCAACUGAGACUGACCAUCAGUAAGGAACAGGCACUUGAAAAUAGGUAUUAACUUAAAAUCUAUUUUUAAACAUGCUAUUUAGAUAUAAAUGACAAAUAAAGUUUCAUUAUCAAACUCAGCUGAGACUGAAAAUGUUUUGUGAACACGGGGCCUGGUAACCAUAGGCUUAUAUUUAUACACGUCUUACAGGAAUACCUAGUAAUCACAAGAUUAUUGUUCAAACAAGACACAGUCUUACAGGUAUACCUUGUAAUCACAGGAGUAUUGUUAAGAAAAGACUCUGUCUUACAGGCAAAUCUAGUUAUUAAACAUUAUUAUUGUUCAAAAAUGACACUGUCUUACAGGUUAACCUUGAAAUCACAAGAUUAUAGUAAAAGCAAGACACUGUCGUAUAGAUAUACCUUGUACUCGCAAUAUUGUUGUAACAAGACACUGUCAUAUAGGUAUACCUUGUACUCACAAUAUUAUUGUAACAAGACACUGUCAUACAGAUAUACCUUGUAAUCCUAUAAGGAUUAUUUGUACAACAAGACACUGUCUUAAAAUCGUAUAUCAUAUCUAUAAAAAAAAUGGUUCAGAGGAACAAAAGACAAUCAUUCAUCGAUAAUCAUUCUAGCUCAGGAAUUUUGUUAUGUCUUUGUUAUUUGUAGUGGCAUCUUUACUAAAGGUGACUCUGAAUAAAUAGCUGAAACCUAUUAUGAAAGGUUUUUUCCCUAUAUGUAUGUAGACAUUGUACAUAAUUAUAUAUUUAUUAUUUGUUAUAGACCAUAUGUUAAUUAAGUUAUUAGUACCUUUUAUUUCUUAAUUUGGUAGCACCUUUAUUUAUUAUGUCUCCAACCACACAGUGGUGUGGGAGACAUAUUGAUUUACUCCAGUCUGUGUCUGUUUGUCUCUGUCUGUCUGUCAAAAAGCUUGUCCGCACUCUUUAAGUCGAACAUUUCUCAUCCGAUCUUCACCAAACUUGAACAAGAUGUGUUUGACCAUAAGACCUCGGCCAAGUUCGAUAACUAGCCAAAUCCGCCCAGGCACUUUUGAAUUAUGACCCUUGAAUUACUGAUUGAGUCCAUUUGUCCAAGCCGUCUAAUUUGGUCCAUUCAUCUAAUCCAUCUAGAGAAACUGGACAUUUUUCAUAGGGGCAAUUGUGGGAGACAUGCGCUUUUCUAAAAAAAGUCAUAUUGAAUUAAGAUGGAGCUAAAACUCACUGAACUAUAGCUGUGACAUUUUAUACAAUUUAAGACCUUGACACAAGGAAAUAUACCUUUGAAACCUAUUUGUGUUGCAAACCUGACCAUUUAAGUACUAUACAUAACAUACCACUAAAUGUGUUUGCAAACUUAACCUAAAUUGUAGUCUUUACAUAGGCUACUAUCAAUUGUGUGUGAACAGACUUCCAAUUUGUAAAUAUAGUUGUAGUAUUUUAUAUUAUACAUGUUAAUGAAGUUUUAUGUUUAGAGAUAUUUGAUUUUUUUAGUGUUGUAUUUAGAGAUUAUUUCAUAUUCUUUGUUUUGUAUUUAGAGAUUAUUGUAUAUUUUGAAUGAAAGGAAUAGAGCUUUUUAUGCCCAGAACAUUUUGUGGGGUGUUGGUGCUUAGAUUUGCCCUUGUCCGUAUGUCAGUCGGUCUGUCAGUCCAAUUAAGUGUUGCGCAUAUCCAAAAAAGUACUUCACCAACAGUCAUCAAAUGUCAUAGGAUUGGUGUUCAGCAUGUAGAGUUAUGCACCUGGAGUUUUAAUUGGGAUUUCACAGAACCAGACUAGAGUUAUGCCCUUGAUAUAGUCAACAGUAAGCAUACAGUGACAGAAAGUAGGCAAGUAGUGACCUAUGGACACGCAUCUAGUUACUAUUUUGUUUGUCAGACAUAAGAUAUGGUGAUCAUCUUGAUAAGCUAUUUGAUUUGUGACUAAGUAGCACUGUCACAGCGUUGGCGUCCUUCCGCGUCCGCACUUUGGUCAAAGUUUUGAUGCACUUUAUCUUUGUUAUUACUUGAUGGAUUUACUUCAAACUUAAAAUAGUUGUUCCUCAUCAUCAUCCACAUCAUAUGACACAAAGUUUAUAACUCUAGCAUCAAUAUUUCAUGAAUUAUCCCCCUUUUUACUUAGAAUUCCAGGUUAGAGUUUUGGUGCACUUCCACUUUAUCUCAGUUAUUACUAAAUGGAUUUGAUUUAAACUUGAAAUAGUUGUUCAACAUCAUCACUCGCAUCAUAUGACACAAAGACCAUAACUCUUGCACCAGUAUUUCAUGAAUUAUCCCACUUUUUAGCAUUUCUGGUUAAAGUUUUGGUGCACUUUUACUCUAUCUCAUUAUUACUAAAUGGAUUUGAUUCAAACUUAAAAUAGUUGUUCAACAUCAUCACUCACAUCAUAUGACACAAGGGACAUAAUUAUUGCACCAUUAUUUCAUAAAUUAUCCCCCUUUUUGUACCACCCCCUACCCCCCGCGACAACAAAGUUGUAAGGGGGGCGUAUACUGGUUUCAGGUUGUGAGUCUGUCUGUCCGUAGACACAAUCUUGUGCGCACCAUCUCUCCUCAUCCCCUUGACAAAAUUUAAUGAAACUUCACACAAGUGAUCAGUAACAACAGUAGUUGUGCAUGGGGCAUGUUAGGUUCUUUCAGAAAAAAAUUGCAGAGUUAUGGGACUUUGUUUUUAGAGUUUUUCUGAUCGGUCGAUGUCUGGCGUCCGUCAUCUGUCUGUCGUCUGUCUGUCAACGUUUAGCUUGUGUAUGCGAUAGAGGCUGUAUUUUUCGACUGAUCUUCAUGAAAUUUUGUCAGAAUGAUCACCUUGAAGAAAUCUAGGCCGAGUUCGAAAAUGGGUCAUCUGGGGUCAAAAACUAGGUCACUAGGUCAAAUCAAGGAAAAACCUCGAGUAUGUGAUAAAGGCUGUAUUUUUCAAUUGAUCUUCAUGAAUAUUGGUCAGAAUAAUUACCUUGAUGAAAUCUAGGCCGAGUUCGAAAAUGGGUCAUCUGGGGUCAAAAACUAGAUCACUAGGUCAAAUCAAGGAAAAACCUUGUGUAUGCGAUAGAGGCUGUAUUUUUCAACUGAUCUUCAUGAAUAUUGGUCAGAAUGAUUACCUUGAUGAAAUCUAGGCUGAGCUUGAAAAUGGGUCAUCUGGGAUGAAAAACUAGGUCACUAGGUGAAAUAAAAGAAAAACCUUGUGUAUGCGAUAGAGGCUGUAUUUUUUAAUUGAUCUUCAUGAAUAUUGGUCAGAAUGAUUAUCAUGAUGAAAUCUAGGCUGAGUUUGAAAAUGGGUCAUCUGGGGUCAAAAACUAGGUCACUAGGUCAAAUCAAGGAAAAAACUUGUGUAUGCGGUAGAGGCUGUAUUUUUCAAUUGAUCUUCAUGAAUAUUGGUCAGAAUGAUUAUUUUGAUAAAAUCUAGGCCGAGUUCGAAAAUGGGUCAUCCGGGGUCAAAAACUAGGUCACUAGGUCAAAUCAAGGAAAAACCUUGUGUAUGCAAUAGAGGCUGUAUUUUUCAGUUGAUCUUCAUGUAUAUUGGUCAGAAUGAUUACCUUGAUGAAAUCUAGGCCGAGUUUGAAAAUGGGUCAUCUGGGGUCAAAAACUAGGUCACUAGGUCAAAUCAAGGAAAAACCUUGUGUAUGCGAUAUAGGCUGUAGUUUUCAAUUGAUCUUCACGAAUAUUGGUCAGAAUGAUUGCUUUGAUGAAAUCUAGGCUGAGAUCGAAAAUGGGUCAUCACUAGGUCAUAUCUAAAAAAAUACUUGAUUAAACUCAAAGAGACCACAUUUUUGUACCCCCCGACAACAAAGUUGUAAGGGGGGGGGGGGUAUACUGGUUUCAGGUUGUCUGUCUGUCCGUCUGUCUGUCCGUAGACACAAUCUUGUGCGCACCAUCUCUCCUCAUCCCCUUGACAGAAUUUAAUGAAACUUCACACAAGUGAUCAGUAACAACAGUAGUUGUGCAUGGGGCAUGUUAGGUUCUUUCAGAAAAAAACUUGCAGAGUUAUGGGACUUUGUUUUUUGUUACUAUCCUAUAUACAUAGACACAAUCUUGUGCGCACCAUCUCUCCUCAUCCACUUGACACAAUUUAAUGAAACUUCACACAAGUGAUCAGUAACAUCAGUAGUUGUGCAUGGGGCAUGUUAGGUUCUUUCAGAAAAAAAACUGCAGAGUUAUGGGACUUUGUUUUUUGUUACUAUGCUAUAUACAUAGACACAAUCUUGUGCGCACCAUCUCUCCUCAUCCACUUGACACAAUUUAAUGAAACUUCACACAAGUGAUCAGUAACAACAGUAGUUGUGCAUGGGGCAUGUUAGGUUCUUUCAGAAAAAAAAUUUGCAGAGUUACGGGACUUUGUUUUUUGUUACUAAACUAUAUACAUAGACACAAUCUUGUGCGCACGAUCUCUCCUCAUCCCCUUGACACAAUUUAAUGAAACUUCACACAAGUGAUCAGUAACAACAGUAGUUGUGCAUGGGGCAUGUUAGGUUCUUUCAACGACAAAAAUUGCAGAGUUAUGGGACUUUGUUUCUUGUUAACAUGCUAUGUACAUACAGUCUGCAUAUGCAUACAGUCUGCAUAUGCAGUCUUGUGUGCGCCUAAUCUUCCGAACCCUUGCACACAAUUUAAUGAAACUUCACACAAGUAUUCAGUGCCAACCCUAGUUGUGCAUGGUGCAUGUUAUGUUCUUUUAGAUAAAUAUUCUGCAUAGUUAUGGGACUUUGUUUUUUGUUACUAAACUGUAUGCAUACAGUCUAUAUACAUACAGUCAACAUAAUUAUGCAAUCUUGUGUGCGUCAAAUUGCAAUGUACUGUGUCAGUGCAUGUGGGGGGUACAUUCAUCACCUUUAGUGAUAGCUCUAGUUAGUCCAAUCUUAAUGAAAAUUGACCAAAAUAUUUGUUUUCAUGAAAUCACUAGGUUAAACAUGUUUACACUGUUAUAGUGUGUUUCUCAGGUGAGCGACCUAGGGCCAUCUUGGCCCUCUUGUUUGUUACUAUACUAUAUACAUAGACACAAUCUUGUGCACACCAUCUCUCCUCAUCCACUUGACACAAUUUAAUGAAACUUCACACAAGUGAUCAGUUACAACAGUAGUUGUGCAUGGGGCACGUUAGGUUCUUUCAGAAUAUAAAUUUGCAGAGUUACGGGACUUAGUUUUUUGUUACUAAACUAUAUACAUAGACACAAUCUUGUGCACACCAUCUCUUCUCAUCCACUUGACACAAUUUAAUGAAACUUCACACAAGUGAUCAGUUACAACAGUAGUUGUGCAUGGGGCACGUUAGGUUCUUUCAGAAUAAAAAUUUGCAGAAUUACGGGACUUUGUUUUUUGUUACUAAACUAUAUACAUAGACACAAUCUUGUGCGCACCAUCUCUCCUUAUCCCCUUGACACAAUUUAAUGAAACGUCACACAAGUGAUCAGUAACAACAGUAGUUGUGCAUGGGGCAUGUUAGGUUCUGUCAACGACAAAAAUUGCAGAGUUAUGGGACUUUGUUUCUUGUUAACAUACUAUGUACAUACAGUCUGCAUAUGCAGUCUUGUGCGCGCCUAAUCUUCCGAGCCCUUGGACACAAUUUAAUGAAACUUCACACAAGUGAUCAGUACCAACCCUAGUUGUGCAUGGUGCAUGUUAUGUUCUUUUAGAUAAAUAUUCUGCAUAGUUAUAUGACUUUGUUUUUUUGUUACUAUACUGUAUACAUACAGUCUGUAUACAUACAGUUCACAUAAUUAUGCAAUCUUGUGUGCAUCAAAUUGCAAUGUACUGUGUCAGUGCAAUGGGUGGGGGUACAUUCAUCACCUUUAGUGAUAGCUCUAGUUACUUACAAUUUUAGGUUAAAGUUUUGAUGCACAUCUACUCUAUUUCAGAUAUUUCUGAAUGGAUUUAAUUCAAACUUAACUCUGGCACCAAUUUUUCAUGAAUUAUGCGCCUUUUACUUAGAGUUAAAGUUUAAUUUUGAUGCAUUUUAACUAUAUCUCAAGUUAUCAUAAAAUGGAUUUGAUGCAACAUGACACAUUAGGUGGUCACUGUUGCACCAAUAUUUCAUGAAUUAUGCUCCCUUUUUGCUAAGAAUUAUACUUGAUAUUUAAUGUUUUGAUACACUUGCUCCUUAUCUCUCUUAUUACUUAAUACUUUUGACACAGACUCAAGCUAUUAUCCAAUAUUUUAUCCAUGUCAGAGUCAUUAAACGUCCAGGUGACAGCUCCAGCUUCAUAAAUUGUGCCCAGUUUCAACAUCCAGCAGCGAAUAGUCCAAGCACUGUCUCCUGUGACAGUUCUUUGUUUUGCGCUAAUCUGUCACAUAGUGACAGGAUGAGCUUUUUUAAUCGCAUUUUAUUGUGUGUUUAUUUUUAGUUUCUGAUGGUCUACAAGGGUAUUAGUGUUUUUGUUUUUAUACAUUUUAAAUUAACAGCAUACGAAAAGCUGAAGAUUUCUUAAUUCUUAAGUGAAUUCUUCCCAGAUCUUCCAAAAUAUACAAUAAAAAUGUAUGACUUUGUAUAUCCAUAAUUAUGUGUAGCUAGAUAUAAAUUGAUAUAUUUAUACUUGACUGUAUGUCAUUUGUACUUAUUCAUUCUAAUAUACUGACUGUUCAUGAAUGUAGUAAUUUUAUUAAUUUUCUUUUGUGAUAUAUAUUUUUGCCUUGACAAGAGUCAAUUGAAAGUCCUGCAUUGCUUUUUAGUUUAUUGGUGUGCUGAAAUUUAAAAAAGAACAUUUUGUGUAUUGUCAAAUUGCCUUUUCUAUGUUAGAUACAAUAGUAGUUUCUUUAUUUGGAUAAAUCAUGAAGUUUUGAUUGAACUACUCGAAAAAUUUAGAAACAGGACAUUUGUUUUAUAUAUAAGUAAGAAACUGUUUGUUGAGAGAAGUUGUUAAAUGAUUUCAAAUAAGUAUCUUUCGCAAAAGAAUGUAAUAGUUGGUUAGAAAAGAGAAUAGAUUUGUUAAGAAUAGACACUUACAUUUUAUUAGUAACAAAAUAAACUUUUAUAUGAGA